GGCAGCCUUUGCUGAGGCGAGAAGUGCAUUUAGAAUUGGCGUGGUUUGUUCACCAAUAAUUUGCUGGUAAUGAUAAAUAUUUUGACCAUGUGGAAACUCGAGAAAGUAUUUCUUAUCUUGGCCGCUGUGUUCCUGUCAAGUGGUAAAGCGAAUGGUGCCAGAAAUGAUGCAUUAAACUUCAAAGGUCAGACAUCUAAAGUAAAUUUACAUUACACUCGUUUAUGUUAAGGUCAAACUAAGGCACGAAGUAGUUUUAGAUUGAUUUGAACAGUAAUUAGAUGUCACGGGAUGUAGUAUUUUGUAUUCUUUGUAAGUUUGAAUAAUGAUACCGUGACUUAGUUAACUGUGAUAGUAUUUAAAAUUAACUAAAAUAUAUUUAGUUGACAACUUCACAAAUAAGUAUAUAUAGGCUACUUAUAUACUGGAUGUAGAGAAAUUCCUAUAUUAAACUAUAUAUUUCUCUAAACGAAUUCAAUGUAUUCCUCAGCCUUCCCCUUUGUCUUAGGAUUAUUAACGCAAUCUUACUGUGUUAAGCUUAAAAGAAGUCAUGUUAUUGGACGAUGGUUAAGAAAAGACGUAGUUUAUAUUUUGAUAUGUUUUGCGUAUACCAUGCAGUCACAGUUUAUUUACAGAAGCCUCGAUUGCAUUAAGAGUUUUCAGUACCAGAUUUAUUUCAUCUUAAAUAUAUGAACUAUAUAGGCACUGAGCCAGGAUAGAACAUUUGCAUAUAGCCUUUAAUGAUGGUUCAUAUUCUAUUACUGGUUUUCCUAAAAUUUCAUAUAUAGCAUACCUUUCAAUAUCAGAAAAUUGUGAAUUGAAAGGUAUUCGAGACUUAAAAAUACAAGGAUAAAAUUUUAAGUUUUACUUGUAUUUUUCCGGUAGUUACCUGAUCCAUCCUACUGUACAGACCGUUUCAGUUUAUACCUUUUCAUAUAUUUAAUAUAAAUUCAAAAUUGAAAGUUUUCCUUUAACUUGUGCGAGUAGUACUAAAAUGCUGGCACAGACCAAAUUUUCACAUGUAACUUCUUGACAUUUUGUCCUAAAUUAUUUUAAUAAAAUACUAGAAGAUAGAUAAGAAAAGAUGGUAAAACGGCAUGUGGACCAUGACAUCGCUCAAGAUCUGACCAAUUAACUCAAAUCUUGCAUAAAUAAUUUCAGUGCAUAUAAAAAAUGCUUGUGAUUAAAUGACCGCCAGAAAUGUAUAACCUUAAAUUUGCGUGCAUGACCUUGCAUUAAAUUUUAUUUAUAGUAAGCAGCUUUGUGUAUAUAAUUAAGUUUGAUAAAAUCGGAGAGUUAUGUGAGAAAACGACCCGAACAUAUAAAGCACACGAGAGUUAACCAUGAUUGUGUAAGGAAUGUUUUGGGUCGGAAAUCUACUGUUUGUCUUUCUCAACAUUGAAUCAUUCGAAAAUUUCCGUUAGCACACAAAAAUUUGCAUGAUAUUUAAUCAUUUCAAUUGAAUUCUUUGUUUCCAUUUGCCUCAAGGGGAAUAAGAAGAAGAAUAUAUGAAAUCAUUGGGAAACUUGAGGAUGUUUUUCAGGAUCUCCCGGCAGGGAGAAUACAACAUUCACUGAUACCAGUGGACGCCACUGGAGUCAUAUCCUGCAUAAAUAAAGCUUCAUCAUCAGUUCAAAUCAUUAUAGUUUUAAAACUGCUUUUUAUAGUAUCGGGAAAUCAUUUUUGUAUUAUAAUCCUCUUAUGGGCAAUGCACAUGUAAACACUUCAGUUCAGUCAUGCUAUUACUUCGAUGAUGCUUGAAAAAUAACGGUACAUUGAUUCGUAACCAUCGUUUGUACGCUCGUAUCUGUCUAUAAACAUAUCCGCGAUUGCACUUUGCCUUAGGAGGUUGCAUGCGUUAAUUUUCGCAAAUUAACUGUUAUAAAUUUUAUUAUAACAUAAAAAAUACUGAACGAAAGGCAAGACAGAAAGGCUAGAAAGAUAAAAACAGGAAGUUUAUAUAUUUCUAUUGCAAAAAAUAGAUCUCGAUUAAUAAAACGAUUGAUGUUUUGCAGAUCUAUAUAGGGAAUGGAUGGAAUUUAUUUCAAGCAUGUUCUGGAAAAGAGUUCAUUAAUCGAGUCAGUGAUUUUGACCACAUACAUCAAUAUAUUAGAGUCCAUUAGCCAUAUCUGAUAACCUAGAUCGUUUGGGAAAACAAAGAUAUUGUACUCGCACUUUAAUGUGGAGGACACCAGAAGGAUCAUUUAAGGAAGUGAGAAAUGCCACUAAUACCAGAGAUUGCAGAAUAAAUAUAUAGAUUUGAGAAAUUUUGUUUGUUCUUAAUUAUUCAUUAUCUAGUCUUAAAUAUAUAGAAAGAUGUUAAGAUCAAAAAUAUUUUACCUAUUUAAGGAGCGAAGCCCUUAAUUUUCAAAAGUGCUUUUAGUGCAUGAGUAAUGUCUAAAAAUAAUUACAAAGCUUUCUAUAAGCUGCAGUCAUAUCCGAUACAUAUAUUCUGACAUAUUCAUCAAUUAUACUUUUAUUCUUGCUCAAAAUUGAAUUGCUUUUCCAUAUGUUAUUUACUUUAAAGUUGACUUUCUAAACACUGUUUGUAGUACUUGUGAUUUUUUCACCAUUUCUUUUGAGAAAAACAGUGGAAAAUGUUUUUGAUCAAGUUUCUAUCUGAUCCUGAAGAGUGCUUACGUUUAAAAUUUAUUAGAAGUUACCGUCAAAAUGUCAACCCCCCCCAUACAUAUAAUUCUAUAUAAUAACUACAAACCAUUGAUUAUUCCAGAUGUUUCAAAAAGGUGUUAUUUCUACUUUUUGACCUACUUCUUUGCUAUAUACUAACUACCCAUGCACGUAAAAAUCUCACAACUUCUCAACAAGAUGUGUUCGCAACGUAUAGGCUUGUAUAUAGCAAGCUUGUCAACAAGUUGUAACAAUGCUGUUAUUUUAUCAAGUUGCUACAAGGUUGUCACUCACAACUUAUUGACAAAUUGUUGCAUUGCAGAACGAUAACAAGUUGUUGGAACAACUUGUGACUGUCUUGAGUCUGUUGAGCUCAACAACCUUGUAACAAGUUGUCAACAAGCCGUUGACAACUUGUCAACAAGCUGGGAACAAUCAAUGCGAACACAUCUUAUUGACAAGUUGUUGGAACUGAGCACUGCUACAAAUAUGCUGCAGGUUUGUUACAUCUUGUGCGUUGUACGUGUGUAUAACUCAGUAACCAUUAACUUUCCUAGAUGUUUCAAAGAAAUGUUACUUCUGCCUGGGACAAGAGAAAGAUGUUGACAACAUUGCAGCUUGCUCGACGGACAACAAUCUUGAUGUCGAAGAAUGUCCGUUAGAAGAUCUCUUUGAUAAAUGCGUUGUUGUUCAAGCUUUCUCUCUUAGCAAAAACACAACUAUCUUUAAAAGAGAAUGCACAUCUCGAAGAUUGUGUGAAGAAAGAAGGAUCUGCUCUGAUCCGGAUUUCUCAGACUGCCGAUACGAGUGUUGCACAGGGGAUCUUUGUAAUAGUUUUGGGUUUACCGACGAUAUCGAUGUUCGUCCAAAAAUACCACAACCAACAGUUGCUGGGACAACACGGAAGUACCAGGAACUAGUACCAUCGGAAAGUGUUGAAAAUGUUGUGACAGGAAAUGUUAAACAAACUACAGUUGUGCCUGAAGUUACGACACAAGGUGGUUCAACUGGUGAACCUCCAAUCACAAGACAAAGUUCAAGCACGACUUCAAAUACAAAUCAAGGUACACUAAACCUCUGUAUCUGUCGCAACUAAUUGAAAAAAAGUCCCAUCUCAAUUGUCCUCUUUAAAUGGAUUAAAGCCAUAUUACAAGGACGAAGGGCCUUCAUUUUCCAAGAAGUUGAAUCCCUCGCACAAUCAGCAGCUUUCAUGAUUUAUUUGGCCGUCAUUUUGCAUCUUAUUUCUUUCAUUUUUUCAUUCCUUAAGAGCAUGUUAUGUUAUGUUAUGUUAUGUUAUGUUAUGUUAUGUUAUGUUAUGUUAUUGUUAUGUUAUGUUAUUGUUAUGUUAUUGUUAUGUUAUGUUAUGUUAUGUUAUGUUAUGUUAUGUUAUGUUAUGUUAUGUUAUGUUAUGUUAUGUUAUGUUAUGUUAUGUAAAGAAACUGUCGGCAUAGUAUAGAGUCUAUAGAAUACGGUCAUGCUCACAAUUUCCCUAUGACUACUUUUCAUAAAACACGACACUGUAUCCCAAACUGUGUUGCAAGUUGCAGCAGAAAUUGCCUCGUGCAACAUGGCCUUUACAUUAUAUUGAUUCUUACUUUGUUUUUUUUUUCGUGGAAAGAAAAACCUCAAGAAAUUGUACCAGUCGUUGAAGAAGGUCAGUAAUCAAUACGCUUAACUUUAUUUAUUGCGAGGUCCAUAUUCCUAUAGUUUUCCAUUUUUUUCAAACAUUUUUACCAACGGUUGAAAAAUUCAUUAUCUGUAUGGGGAAUGACGCUAACAGCCUUCGUACGACCAACCCUCCGCUUUAGAACCUUCUAAUUAAUAAGCUUUUCCAAAAUGAUUUAUUUCACUCAGUAAUUUAUUUAUUUUAUUAAAGACUUAAAUUAAAUGAUUUAUUUAUUUUACUACUUUUCAUAAAACACGGCUUUUCAUAAAACAUGGCUCUGUAUCCCAAACUGUGUUGCAAGUUGCCGCGUGCAACAUGGCCUUUACAUUAUAUUGAUUCUUACUUUGUUUUUUUUAUAUCGUGGAAAGAAAAACGUCAAGAAAUUGUACCAGUCGUUGAAGAAGGUCAGUAAUCAAUACGCUUAACUUAAUUUAUUGCGAGGUCCAUAUUCCUAUAGUUUUCCAUUUUUUUCAAACAUUUUUACAACGGUUGAAAAAUUCAUUAUCUGUAUGGGGAAUGACGCUAACAGCCUUCGUACGACCAACCCUCCGCUUUAAAACCUUCUAAUUAUUAAGCUUUUCAAAAAUAAUUUAUUUCACUCAGUAAUUUAUUUAUUUUAUUAAAGACUUAAAUUAAAUGAUUUAUUUAUUUAAUUUUUAGGAUGCGAGGAUCUGGAUAGUUUUUGUCCAACUUACGUAACUAAUCCUUCGCACUGGCCAAUGUUCUGCAAAGACAAUGAUAAAUACACUUCAAUUGCCUGUCGAAAAACUUGCAAAUUUUGCAUAUCACGUUAUGAAGGUACGGUUAAAUUGCCCUUUUGUGUAUUGAUCAAAAUUUCUGCGUUGUGUUGUUGUAUUCAGGGACGCCGGAACUGGGGGGGGGGGCAGGGGGGGCAGCCACCCCCGUUGCCCUUUACCAGGAGGGGCAAGGGGGCAAAGGUGCCCUUUCAAUUUAAAGGAUUGCCUUGGCGAAAUAGCGAAUUGUCAGAAAUGUUAGUACAAUUCUUUUACGAAUUUGCUUCAGAAAACGCAAGAAAUGCAGUCAUCGAGCUUCAAGAAUAGCACAAUCGCCUGGCGGAGAACCCCCUCACACCCCUAUCAUCCAAUAAAUAGAAAACAUGAUUAGGCGAAGUUCAACUCCCGAUGUUUUGCAAACAUCUCUUAGUAUAUAUCAUUCAAAAGUGCCCUUUCACGAAAAUCUCCCCCCCCCCUUGCCUUCACAUCGUUCCGGCGUCCCUGGUUGUAUUUAUUUUUACAUGAUAUAUAUUUUGAUGUAGUUGAAGCCGCGAAGAAGCUGACAACACAAAGACCUAGAGGAACCCCGACUUUAGAAGGUAGGAAAAUGAAACCUUCCUCAAAGUAGUGUUCUAGUAUGUAGGUAGUAUUGAAAAGAUAAACUUUUCAAUUGAAAUUUUUCACAGCUUCCUAAAAGAGAUAAAGAAAAUUUCAAUGACAAAUCAAACCUAUUCCAAUUUUUUGUACACAUACCAUGAUAUACCAUGACAUAUAUGCAAGAGAAUAAUUUUUCCACAUAUAAACUGUUAGAUUGUAAAGACCAACUGUCAAACUGUCAAGAGCUGAAAGCAUUGAACUACUGCCGUCUUAUGGCUGAGCAUAUGAAAAGCGAAUGUGGAAAAACGUGUGGAUUCUGCUCAAGCGGUGAGUCGCAUGUUAUACUAAAGGUUGAAAUAAUUUAAAAUUUGCAUAGCAUGAUGAGUUGAUAUGGCUAGCUUCGCCACUGGUUGCCAUGGUUAUUUUGUUACUUUAGAACCAAUUGGAACCGGGAUUACUGUUACAGAAAAAGUCAUGACUUCAGAAUCAGUUGUCACAGAAACAACGAUGAAACCAUCAAAAGGAAAGCCAGUUAACACUGACUUCCCAGAUUCAGUUGUCACAGAAACAACGAUGGAACCAUCAACAGCCAAGCCAAUUAAUACUGACCUCCCUACGACCAGCACGAGAGAUGAAACAACAUCAGAACGUGCAGAAACAACAUCACCUACAGCUUCAGGUCAAGUACAGUCUGGUGUUAAAGCUCCACCAACUUUAGAAGGUGAGCUUUGUUCUCAGUAAUAUCUCCAAGUUCGGAGGGAUCUUGUUUUCAUACUAGUACAGACAGACAAUCUAAGAACAGCCUUCACACCUUUUCUUACUUAUAUUCUUUACUACAUUCUUUAUCUUAACAAGAUUUUACAGUUUUCACUUGAGGGCACAAGGAAAACUUUCGUAUUUUCGUAUUAAUACUUUUGAUAUUUUUUACGUUAUCGUGCGACAGACAAGCAUUCAAAAAUAGACACACAACAAACGCGGACGAAAACAUACCUUCUGGCGGAGGUAGUGAAUGAAUAUAGGAAAAGAUCAAUGAUAAUGAUGUAUUAUUAUCUCAAUGCAAAGUAUUAUUAUAAAACUAGUGGUCGUAAUAAAAUUAUGAUCAUUUUUGUUUAAAAUUUUUGUUUUAAAUCCCCAGGCUGCCAAGACAGGGGAGAUAACUGUGUUAAGUUAGAAGCAAUGGAUUAUUGCAGACUUAUGACGGCCUUUAUGGCAACCAACUGUCGCAAAACCUGUGGACUUUGCUCAAACGGUAAGCUCCAACGUACUGUUGGGACUUAGGAAUUGUCCCUGGUUUUUGCAGGGAAACAAACAAAUUACUUACUGCAAAGAAAACAAACAAAUUCUUACUGUGUUUAUUUUUUUAAAUAGACACACCAGAACCAAAGACUACGGAAAAAUCGACACAUUUACCUUCUACACACGUGACUUCAGAGAAAUUGACAGAAUCUUCACCAGAGCCAACCACGGUAAUGACGUCAUCAAGUAUGUCAGCAUCUACGUCACAACUCACUACAUUGGUAGCAACGACAGAAAAGACUCUAAAGCCUAGAACGUCUUCAACUGCUGAGCCUAUGCCACAGCGGACAUCACAGAUUCCUUCUGAAUCAAAUGUUAUUCCACCGUUCAAGCAAACUCAACCACCAAAUAAAAGUAAAAUAUUAUUUUAUUCAUUUGGAAUUAGAAAGACACAUAGACAAAUAUAUAUUCUAACUUGUUCCUCAACCAAUUUAUAGGUUGCGUUGACAAGAGGCACAGAUGUGCAGAAUUUGCCAAGAGAGAAGGUUAUUGUGAUUAUCAUCAUGAUUUCAUGCAACGAAAUUGUCCUAAGUCCUGUGGGUUUUGCUCGCCAGGUAAUGGCCAAAUAGGUUUUUUGUAUGGUCGGUUUAAAGCAAUACUUUAAUUGUUUUGUUUCAUAUAAACACGAUGUUUACUUAGGGACCGGUCAUUAAUAAUGGGAGGGGGGCGGUGGGUGAGAAAAGGGGGGCGGCUUCAACUAUUUUUGCCUGAAUUGGGGGCGGCCUCAAACAGAAAAAUAUGUGACAAAGGGCAAGCCUUUAUCGUAUCCCACAAAAUAUUUCAGCCUUUUUAGUUCCUAUAAUCGUAGUUUCCAUAGUUUAUUACGUAUAUGCAGUUCACCAUAGGAGUCGGAGUAAAUAACAAACAUUUGGUCCUCUAAUUAUUUAGGCUACACAAUGUCUUACGAAUACUGGUCCUCUAAUUAUUUAGGCUACAAAAUGUCUUACACCAGUACUUGUCCCAUUACCUAUUUUACACCAAAACUGAUGUAACGAAUUAAAUGUUGGAGUGGGAGAGACCUAAAUUUCCUAGAUGAAGGUGGGGGCAUCUUGAAAAUAAAGGUCUCGCGAUCGGGGGCGGCUUUAAAAAAUGUUCAAUAUUUGGUAUUUAUCACCCCCCCCCCCCUUCCCAUUAUUAAUAACCGGUCCCUUAUUUGACAAAACCUUCGAUUGGUUUCAUAUCUUAUGCAAUACGGACGCAAAUGUUUAAUUAUAGCUUGUAUAUUGAUGAAAGCGUUUUUAUCCUUCAAUAGUCCUAAAUACGUGAAUGAUAUUUGAUAAGAAAACUCAACUUAAAGUUUAUGUAAAUCAGCCGGAUUUUGUAUAAGAUAUUCUUUACAGUUAUUCUCCCGUUUUCUCCUUAAUAAACUGUAUUGUUUAUGCUUCGUGUACAAUAGGGGGUUAAGGAUAGGUUUGUGAUUGGAAUCAAUAUCAAAUAGAAAGUAUUCCUGCACAAAAUGUAGAGAAAUAUUAUUACCUUCAUGUGCGCCUGCAAUGCUAAAACAGGUAAACAAGAAAACGCCCAAAAAUAUUGAAAUAAACAAAGUCUAUAUAUUAUUACUAAUAAUAUUACUUGAAGCUUCCUGGCUUACGUAUCGAAAGCUUAAUUACCAAAUGAGUGAACGCCGUGUUUGCUGCACCAAACAAAACGGCAAAUAUAUAAACCUUUAUGAUUCCUGCUCUUCAUGCACAGUUCAUGAUUCAUCUUAUUUUCAUAUUUUAUUUCAGGUGUUGCGGGUGGUCCAACUUCUAGAGUAGUAAAGACAAGCCAACCCACACCUUCUGAAGAAAUGAUAACUACAGUCACAAAGUUGCCCACCAACCCUGAAACAACUUCAAAACGUACAGAUAGGAUCACAACGAACCCUACUAUCACAGAAUUACAUGCUACAGAAAACAUAACAACAUCACCUACAACGUCAGGGGAAGUACAAUCUGGCGUCACAUUUCAACCAACUUCAGAAAAUGAUGGUGAGCUGCACUCUUAUAUCCAGGAGCGGAAUAACCUACCGGCCUCCGCUUCUCUACAAUUGGGAGUUGGGAGGGCCAUUGAUUUCAUAGACAGACAAUCUAGAGACAGCCAUCACACUUUGUAACAAACUGACCAAAAUACAAUAUCGUAGUUAAGUAGUAUGUUUCUUCUCUUAUAUAUUUUUACUAUAUUCAGCUUUAUCUUAACAAAAUAUUACAGUUUUAAUGGAUGAAUAUAGGAAAAUAUGAGUGCUUAUGAUAUAUUAUUAUCGCCAGUAAUAAAACUCAUAACUAGUGGUCGUAAUGAAAUUAUAAUUCUUCCCUCUUUUUGUUUAAAAACUUCAGUUAUAAUUCUUCCCUCUUUUUGUUUAAAAACUUCAGACUGCCAAGACAAGAGAGAUACAUGUGUUUCUUUGAAAGCAAUGGAUUAUUGCAGACUUAUAGCGUCGUUUAUGGAAAACAACUGUCGCAGAACCUGUGGACUUUGCACAAAGGGUAAAGUUCCCACUGUUUGUCAGGAAAAAACUGUAUUUUCUUAUGUUACUUUUGUAGCGUGUUUGUAACUUAUAAAUUAUUCCUGAUAUUUUACAGCCUGUACAAGAAAAACAAACAAAUUACUUACUCUGUUUAUCUUUUUAAAUGACAUUCAGUCAACGUUCUUCCGAAUGUCGUGGGUUUUCUCCGGGUACUCCGGUAAUUUUUAAAAAAAUUCUCCUGUUUGUAUUAAGGUGGCACCAGUGGUUCAGUUUCAAAUACUACAAAACCAGUGACAACAUUGCCUCUUGUGGAAACAACUCCAGAACCAAAAUUACCGGCUGGUCCGGAUGCUUUUACGUCAGACCUUUUACCAGAAGUGACGACAAAGCCAUCAGUAGUUACGUCAGAGCUAAAUCCUGAAGUUACGUCACAUAAAACUACGUCAAAACCUACACCAGAAAUUACGUCACCGAUAACUACGCCUGAAGUCACACCAAACAUAACCUCACGAUCAGCACCAGUGGUUACGACAGAACCUUCUGCAGGGCCGACCUCGAAAACAUUGUCACCGACUACGUCGGCAACUACGACACAACUUACUACAUUGGAGCCGACAUCAGAGCCCAAAAUGUCCACUUCUAAAACCACAGUUAAACCACAACCUACGUCCAAUGUCACCAUUGUCACUAAAGGUAAGUUACCCAGUAGAUCAGCAUGUUAUGCUCUACCAAUUCACAUUUCCGGCUAUAAUUAAUUUAAGAUCUUCAUCAGGGAAACAUGAUGUUAUAUAUUAUUAUUACCUCUGGGGCUGGUUCUACCAAGGCUGGAUAUAGAUAUCCACGGAUGAUUUUUCAAGAUUUCGAAAACUAUCCGUUGAUUGGUAUAACCCAGAUUAAACUUUAGUAUUUGUAAAAUAGAGUUGGGUUUUUAAUUGUGAGUCCAUAUUCGUGUUUUCACAGAUUUUCAAGCCUUUUUACAACGGUUCAAGAAAUCACUAUCUGGGGGAUAGCGCGGUCUCCGUGCCAUGUGAAAGUAGAAUUGAACAACAGUAACUAAGGGCUGGUUAUUCAAAACCCGAUUAGCCUAACCCGAGUUUAACCUAAAUUUUAAAACCAACUUCCAAACAGCUUGUUUGUGAAUUUUGAAAUAUUUCUUUAGAAAUCUUGUCUGGAUCAGUAGGAGUUUUCUUCUCUGAAGUUUUGAAAUAAACAGACGUGCAGAAAUAUAUAAACUAAAACAGCAGGUUUAAUUUUAAUCUUGGGUUAGCACCCCAGUAUUGAACAACCGGUCCCAAGCAUUUAAAUUUUAUAUGUAAACGAAAUGAUAGCAACAGGAUAUUUAUUAUGUCUAUAGUAAUUUCAUGAAUGCAGUGUGCUUAAGAUUACUCGUAUUCGCAUUGCUACAAACAGCUUUCUCUUUUUCAGACUGUUAUGACAAGCGAAAGGAAUGCGCCAAGUUCGCAAAGUAUCCUGGAUAUUGUUUUUACACUAGAAAAUUCAUGAUUAAAAAUUGUCCCAAAUCGUGUGGUUUUUGUACUGAUGGUAAGAAUUUACGAUAUUUACAUUACAAAAAAUGAAAAUAUAAUGCACAUGCUUUGUACUAGUUAGAAUUUUUUCCAAUGGGUGGGGGCACAUUUUCGCCCGCGGGGGGGGGGGCAGGCCCCAUGUAGAGUUCUCCCUACUUUUAUGUAUUUUUCCAAUGAAAAAACUGUUAAUUUUGAUCAAUCACUUAAAGUGUAGCGACUUCAGUGGCGCGAUCGUCAGAGCAUAGGUCAGAGCAAGAGUCUUUACUUGUGAGAUCGUCGGUUCGAAUCUCGUUCCGGAUGACAUUCAGUCAACGCUCCACCGAAAGUCGUGGGUUUUCUCCGGGCACUUCUGUACCUUUUUAAAAAAAUAUUCUCCUGUUUGUAUUAAGGUGGCACCAGUGGUGGUUCAGCUUCAAAUACUACAAAACCAGUGAUAACAUUGCCUCUUGUGGAAACAACUCCAGAACCAAAAUUUCCGGCUGGUCCGGAUGUUAUUACGUCAGACCUUUUGCCAGAAGUGACGACAAAGCCAUCCGUAGUUACAUCAGAGCUAACUCCUGAAGUUACGUCACAUAAAACUACGUCAGAACCUACACCAGAAAUUACGUCACUAAUAACUACGCCUGAAGUCACACCAAACAUAACUUCACGACCAGCAUCAGUGGUUACGACAGAACCUUCUCCUGGGUCGACGUCAAAAACACACACCAAACAUAACUUCACGACCAGCAUCAGUGGUUACGACAGAACCUUCUGCUGGGUCGACCUCAAAAACAUCGUCACCGACUACGUCACCAACUACUGGGUCGACCUCAAAAACAUCGUCACCGACUACGUCACCAACUACGUCACCAACUACGUCACCAGCUACGACACAACUUUCUGCAGAGCCGACCACAACGACAGAACGUCCUACAGAGCCGACCACAACGACAGAACGUCCUACAGAGCCGACCACAACGACAGAACGUCCUACAGAGCCGACCUCAAAAGCAUCGCCCUCAAACAAAGGUGAAUAAGUACAGAACUGAUAGAGCUAACCAGUAUAAAUAAAGUUAGUUUAGUUUAGGUCUCCCCCUACUAACACUGGACCAUUGAUAUGUUGACAUUUAGAUGCAGAGAAAUCGGUCGAGAUCUAAUUUGACCAUAGAUGCAGUAUCUCCAAUGAAAUGAAGUCAUUCAUUUUUCUUUCAAAUAGAAGGUGAAAAAUACGACGUUGUUUUUGUGAUUGGCGCAAGACAGCCUAACGCUUCAGAAUCUUUUAACCAACAGAAGAAAAUUGUCCAAAAGAUAUUGAAAAAGUCAACAUUAACUGACGCUCGGUAUGGUCUGGUAAUAUACUCCAAUGAAGGGCAGGUCAAUUUCAGAAUAGACAAUGCUGUACCUAAAUCGAUUUUAAAUGAGUUAUUAAAUGUAAUACCAUGGCAAAGAGACGGCUCUCGGGUUGAUAAAGGAAUCAAGAAAGCCUUGGAACUGUUUGGAAGUCGCCCUGAAGCAAAGCAACGUAUUGUUGCAUUUAUAAAUAGCCCUUCAGACGCAUCUUAUAAUGAGACGAAAGAGAUACGUCGAGAGGCUGAAAGCAAGGGGGUUAAACUUAUCGUUGUGGGCAUGGGCAGAGGAUAUGAUACUGGGGAAUUUCUUAAUAUGGCCCCGAAUUAUGAAGAACGUGUUUUCUUUGAUGGGACUGGAUCGAGUGACGUCGCGAGGGAAUUGGAACAGGCAACUGUUGACACGAUAGAAGCUUAAUUAUUUUAGGU